AUGACUACUACAUGGGCUAAUGCUAGAAGGAAUGAGGAAGACAAUGUGGAGCAAGAAGUUCCUCUCCAAUCCCCUCCUCAAGCUCUGAUUGAUCCUUUAGGUGAGAAUAAUACAAAUACGGAGUUAAGGAUGGAUUUUCAAGUGUUGGCUCAAGCCAUGACAGCCCAAGCGAAUAGAGAGAUGGUAGUCCAUGUGAACCCAAAUGUGGGUACGACAACAUCAAGAGUGAGGGAUUUAAUAAGGAUGAACCCUCGGGAAUUUUAUGGCUCCAAAGUGGAAGAGAAUCCUUCAAGGCUUAUCGACGAGCUCUAUAAGGUACUUGCUAUUAUAGGGGUGACUCUGGAGAAGAAGGCGGAGUUAGCUGCUUACCAAUUGAAAGAUGUUACUCAAGUGUGGUAUGAUCAAUGGAAGGGAGAAAGACCAAUAAAAGUGGAACCCGUAGAGUGGGAAUUUUUUAAAUCAGCGUUUCUUGAUAGGCUCUUUCCCCUUGAGUUGAGGGAAGCAAAGGUGCAAGAUUUCACUAACCUUCGUGAAGAAAGUAUGAGUGUGAAGGAGUACGCCUUAAAGUUCACUCAAUUGUGUAAGUAUGCUCCAACGAUGGUGGCGGAUUCUAGGUCUAAGAUGAAUAAGUUUGUGACAGGCAUAUUCGAUAUGGUGGCUAAAGAGUGUCGUACCGCCAUACUCAUUUGUGACAUGGACAUCUCUCAUCCUAUGGUCCAUGCACAACAAAUGGACGAGGGGAAACUCAAGGAAAAGUCUAGGGAAAAAAAGAGGUCUAUAAUGGAAGAUGAUAAUCCCUCUCAUGCAAGGUCUGAUGGACAUGGAAUCCCUAGUUAUAGACGAGAAUUCCCAGGGCAAGGUUCAUCAAAUACUCUAAAGUUUAACCAAGAAAGGGUGUCUAACCCUAAGCCUCAAGGAGAUAGUAGUGGGGUCCUAUUGCCAGGAUGUAGUAAGUGUGAUAGAAGACAUGCGGGUGAUUGUCUAGCGGGUUCUAAUGUUUGUUUUGGUUGUGGUAAGUUGGGCCACAAGAUAAGGCAUUGCCCCACAGUUGCUAGAAAUGAAGGAGAUAGUCAUCAUAGGUCUCAACCUACCCUUCAUCCAGUGCAAUUGGUUCGGGUGCAAAUACUCUAA